CGCGGUAUAAAUACGCCGGGUCGACCCGCGGCGGAGUAUUCCCGCCCGGACCGCGACACCCGACAUGGCGCCCUCCUGGAGGUUGCUCGCGGGUCUGACGCUACUGACGUUGGCGGCGCUGGUGUCGGGACAGGUGACGUUCAGCCGCGACUGGUCGGGGGGCAAGCGCUCGCCGGCCGCGCUCUUCGACUGCGGCCAGUUCGCCAGGAUCUGCAGACACUUCCUGCACGACCUGCGCAGCGCGAUGUCGCCCGCGCCGGGCGGACACAAGCCGCGCGACGACGACCUGCCGCAGAAGCCGGAGCGCUACGACGACGACGAGUGACGACACAACCCUAGGACAUAAAAUAUGAUAUAA